GUAACGAUUGAAGCUCGCGCUGGAGCAUUGUGCUCGAUGCAGGCUUUUCUACAGUACUGUGCACCAUCAAUGGUCAAGGAAAAUGUUGCACGUCGUCUCUUACCCCCGCUGGAAUGCGCUCUAAAUUUUCUUGGAAUAAUGCCAGAUAUUGUUAAGGCUUAUGGCAGUCAUUUGUCUGCACCAGCAUCUCUCUUACGUCUGAGACUCUACCGUUGCCUCACUCUUCUACCUCCUACGUCAUAUUCAAGUGGAUUUAACGUGCUCCUUCGUGAGCUAGUGGCCGAAUUCACGCUAACUGAUUCUUCAUCCACUACGGCAGUCUGUUUGGCCAGUCUUCUUGGUCAGAGCGAAGAUAGCGUGGUGCUCAACUCCUGGUGUCGGGCUUCCGAUCAGCAGAUCAUCGAGAAUGCUGUAAGUUUUUGUUUCUAG